CUGGGCCCAUUUUCACCUUCAAGUACGUGUGGGUCUUCUUUAAUGUUUAAAAAGCUGGUCUGAGGAUUCCCACCCAUUACCCAUGACAAACUUUGACAGUUCUGAGCCUCUUACAACGUGUUCUUUGUCGUGAAGAACAUCAACGAGUUACUAUGGUCGCUCCACAUCAUAAGUAUCGCUUGCGUGUUACGUUGAGUUUUCUGGUGGUAGUGUUGUGUUCACAAGCUCUGUCCGAAGAGCCUUUCGAUGUCGCAGAAAUUGACUCUGUUAUACGAGAAACUUUUGAAUAUCAUGAGAAUCCAGGGCUCGCUGUUACCGUCGUGAGGAAUGGACAGUAACACCGUGUUCGGCAUCGCCUCAGUAUCCAAAGGGUUUGCGGCCACUCUACUCGUGAAGCUGCUCUAUGAGAAAACCAACCUCACAGUCGACUCGAAAGUUCGGGAACUUCUCGGGAAUGGCUUCAAGAUGCCAGAUGACUUCAGAACAAGCGAAAUGACUUUUGCCGAUUUGAUGGCCCACCGGACAGGAGUUCCCGCCAACAACCGUAUCCGCUUCAGCAACAAUCUCACUAGAGAGAACUUAAUGGAUCACAUUGCUCUCCUCCCAGCCCCGCACCAAUUCCGGGUGAAGUACUUCUACAGUAACAUUAUGUACGGCUUGGUCACACGCCUUGCUGAAAUAGUAGGCGAAGCUUCGUGGGAACAGCUAAUAAGAGAAAACCUGUUUGAGCCACUGGGUAUGGAGAACUCCACGUUUUUGACGGACGUGGACUGGAGCAGGAACAACGUAGCCACUGCGUACUCCCAAAAAAUGACAGGAGAGGAAGUCCGAGUGUCUCAUGAAUUUUCAAAGCGCUGGGCUCUUCUGGCGGGUUCCGGGGCAGUGAUGACCACUGCUAACGACAUGACACGUUGGAUGCAUUUCCACUUGUACGGAGGGAAGAAUCUAAGUGAUAAGCAGGUCGUGCAAGAGGAACGCCUGAAUGAGGUGCACAAAGCUCGCUUUCGGAUCACUCCGACUGUGAGCAAGGACACGCGCAUCAGACACCAUGAGCUGUUUAUAAUUAAUAUAAUAUUCUUGUAUUAUUUUGUGUUCGUUCCAAAUGUCAUUCAACAUAUCCAACCUAUUAAUACCAUU